UUGUCUCCCAACUUGUUUUGGGACAAGAUUCUGAAAUUCAUUAGAAAAAUGAGCUCUGCUAAUUUGGCUGGAAUUAUAAAUUUUGGAAAGCAAUGUUGGAAGGUUCAGAUCUCUACUCUGCGCUCAAUGUCUACAGUUGCUCAGCCAAAGAUUCAAGAAAAAUCAAGACCAAAAACUGGUAUUUUGAUGUUAAAUAUGGGUGGCCCAACUAAAACAGAUCAAGUUGGUCAGUACUUGCAUAGAAUCAUGACAGAUCGGGACAUGAUUCAACUUCCAGUUCAAAGCCGACUGGGGCCGUGGAUUGCCCAGAGACGUACUCCAGAAGUCCAGAAAAAAUAUGAAGAAAUUGGAGGAGGUUCUCCUAUUUUGAGCUGGACCAAUAAACAAGGGGAACUACUCUGUAAAAAAUUGGACCAUAUAUCGCCAGAAACUGCUCCACACAAGCAUUACGUGGGGUUCAGAUAUGCAGACCCAUUGGCAGAAGAAGCUUUACAAAAAAUCGAAGAGGAUGGUGUUGAACACACAGUUUUGUUUUCUCAGUAUCCACAAUACAGCUGUGCUACUUCAGGAUCCAGUUUUAACGCAAUUCACAGGUUUUAUAAGAAUAGAAAAUUUCCAGAAAACACAAAGUGGAGUGUUAUCGAUCGAUGGUCAACUCACCCACUGUUGAUAAAAACUUUUGCUGAACGCAUAAAAGAUGAAUUGGAAUAUUUUCCGGAAAAUAUAAGAAAAAAUGUUAUUAUAUUGUUUUCUGCGCAUUCGCUACCCUUGAAGGCUGUAAAUAGAGGUGAUUCAUAUCCAUCUGAAGUUGGAGCAACAGUUCAAUUGGUUAUGGAAGAAUUAAAGUUUUGUAACCCAUACAAUUUAGUGUGGCAGUCAAAGGUAGGACCGUUGCCAUGGCUAGGUCCAUUUACAGAUGAGGCGUUGAAGGGUUACAAAAAACAAGGAAAAAAUAAUUUUAUUUUAGUUCCUAUUGCUUUCGUAAACGAGCACAUUGAAACACUUCAUGAAAUGGAUAUUGAAUACUGUAACGAUCUUGGAAAAGAGCUAAAAAUUGAGAACAUCAGGAGAGCAAAAGCUCCCAAUGAUCAUCCUUUGUUUAUUGAAGCACUCGCAGACAUUGUAGUUAAUCAUCUGAAGUCAAAUGACCGUGUAACACCAAAAUUCUUGAAUAGAUGUCCGCAUUGUAUUAACCCCAAUUGCCUGGAGAGCAAGAAUUGGUAUUCAAAAAUAUGCAAGGCUUGAGAAUUCUGAAAUGUGUUUGAAAAUUCAAAUCAUAACACUUUUGAUAGGUAUUAUCAUUAUGUUAACUUUGUGUAAAUGACGUUUCAUAAUUUUUUA